CCACAAGUGCCGUCUCACAUCUUACCGCUGCACCUUCACCUACUGUACAAAAUCCUUACUCCCUUCUUAUCCUUCCCUCUUGCACUCAUUUCUCUUCUUCUGCUCCUCCUUCCUCUUCUCCUCUCAGACUACCCCUCUCACUCUGUGAUAGGCAGUUCAGGUGUUCCUUGUCAAGAUCUGUGAAAAGAUGAAUAGCUACAGCUAUUAUGGAUACCAAGAGAAGAACACCUUCACAAGCUGUGAGGAGAUGAGGAUGGAAUCAGUGAUUUGCCCCAAACCUCGGCGAGUAGGUCUCAUGAACCACUCUUCCAUCAACACACACAUCAGACCCUUUAGGCACCCCAUCAGCUAUCAAUCUGAGGUGGAAGAUUCAGGAGUCGGGGCAGAGCUUUUGGACAUCAUUCUUCCCAAGGAAAGCUGCUACCUGACAAGAUCAGGAGGGCAAGUGGUAGCAUCAUCACCACCGUUUUUCUGUGGAUCUCCUCCAAGUAGGGCCUCGAAUCCUGUAAUUCAAGAUGAGCAAUUUGGUAAUGGGAAUUUUAGUCCAUUUACCGAGGCAUCCUCUUCCUCAGCUCGAGGCUGUGUUCCAAUGAAAUUUGGUCAGACUCCAGCUGCUGUGAGGAUAGAAGGUUUUGACUGUCUUAACAGAGAUAGGAGCAGCUGCAGCAUCUCUGCUGUGGCAUAAUCCAUUUUUGCACAAAAGAAAAAAUAAAAGAAAAGAGAGAAAACUAAUACAGAAGCAGAGAAAAGAUGGUAGAGGACUAAAAGUCAAUGAAGGUCAAAUAGCUGGUGACUAAUUUUUGUUUGGAAAGAGGGGCUAAUCAUGCUGUUAGAGUACUAUCUGUAUAUAUACAAGUGAUCUAUGGAUGUUUGUUUUCAGAGUCUGGUAUCGUGCAACAAGAGUGUCUUUUCUGUUGUUAUUCCUUGUGAUCAAUAAAAAAAGGACUUGGCGUUGAAAAAAUGAACAUGUCUCUUGUUAGGUUCCUAGAGUCUUACAAUUUGUUUUGUGUCACUCAGGUCCUCCCGUUGUAAUUGUAAUUUGGAGGAGAUUGAGAAAAACUAGUCUUUGGAGUUUUGUACAUUAGUUUUUUAUUAAUAUUUUGUGGGUGCCCUUUUCGGUGUUGCCUAUUUGAUAUGAUGUUAUAUUAAUCUCAAAGAGAAUCUGUGUAUUCAAGGCAACUCACCUUUGGAAAAUGUAAGAUGAUUUAUUGUAUUUA